CAGACAGCAAAUCGAAACACUUAAACAUGUUUACAAAAAAGAUGUUGAGGAACUAUAUAAUUUGAUAAAAUCAAAGAAAGAUGAAAUAGUACCAACAUGUAACAAGGCAAGACCUAUGGACACAGAUGCAAUGCAGCUUCAACAACGCGCAUCAAUAUUUCCACUGCAGCCUAUUGGACACCUUCGUUCUUGUUUCAAGAGUAAGAAUGGGACUCCGAGACAACCAUCUGUGUGCAGCUUUGCAAAAGCAAGGUUACAAAUAUCAAAAUCAGUCUUUGUCCACCCUGAGCACAGUUUGGAAGGUUUAGCAAGCUUCUCACAUGUCUGGGUGUUAUUUGCUUUCCAUGACAAUGGACCAUUGACAAGUUUUACAAAAGCAAAGGUUAAACCCCCUAGACUAGAUGGAGGCAAGACCGGACUGUAUUCCACAAGGAGUCCACACAGACCAAAUCCUAUAGGCUUAUCUCUGGCCAAACUAGAUAAAGUGCAAGGUGAUACUAUAUUUUUAUCUGGGAUUGAUAUCAUCGAUAACACACCGAUCUUGGACAUCAAGCCAUAUGUACCAAUGUACGACAGACCGGAAGAGGCAUUCAGAGCUGCAGAGUUACCAAGACUGGAUCAAGAGAUUGGCAACUAUCAAUCUACACAUGCAGAACAGGAUGCCAAUAGCAAACAGGAUUUGUCCAAACACUUGCUUCCAAUUGAUCAGGUGAAUUAUGAUGACAGUGCAGCAACAAAUGAUGCAAUAGAGGUUUCAAAUUUACAGUAUCAUGAAGGAACCAGACUAGAGAGAACCAGAGCAAGAGGAACCAGACCAGAAGGAGCCAAACUAGAAGGAGCAAGCCCAGAAAGAUCUGUGAAGGAUGUCAGAGUACCAGAAUGGAUUACUUCUCCACCAAUAAAGGAGCUUUAUGUGCGGUUUACUCCCAGUGCAGAAAAACAGUUAAACAGUUUUAUAAAUUCAAGUCUGACAAAACAUUCUAAUGGUUCAAAAGAUGAAUAUGUGUUGGAAUUUUUCUCAAGUGCACAAGAAGCCAAGGAAGCUAUAACAAAUAUCUUAACAGCCGAUCCUAGAUCCAGCUACCGUCGCAACACUUGUCAAGAUAAACUGUACUACUUUACAGUGGAUAACAUCCAUGUCACAGCUUGGUUCAGAGAUAACUUUGCUGAAGUUUUACAAGUUCAACCAGAAUUCAAGCAUUUAGGUUCUUUUAGUUAGUUUGUCAAGAAAAGAUUACUCCUACCGUACUCAGAUCAUACCGCCCUCUCUCUCUCCCCUAUAUAUAUAUAU